AUGGGUUGGUUAUCAUUUGGCUCUCAAAAGACACAAGUUCCACCACCUGCUCCUCCUUUGACUCCACCAAAUUUAGAACAACGUUCCCAUCAGCAACUUCCUCAGCCUCCAUCGAGUGCAAGACAAUUAAUUAACGAUACUUCUGACAUUGAAACUACAUUAAACCAAUUAAGCUCAGAUUCCCCAUCUCAUGAUAUCAAACUUAAAAAUGCCAAUGAUGCAAACACCUUUAAGGAUGCCGACGCAACAGUCGGUGAGUUUAUUCAUAAUUAUCCUCCAUCCAACAUGUUUGUUAUAGAUGGUGAAAAGGAUAUUAAAGAAAGUAUUAUAUGUACAUCGAAUAGAGAUGGGGGUAAAACCUGUCUCAAGUUAAAGAUAAACUCAAUUGAAUUGUUUAAGAUUAUGCAAAAACAUGAAUACUUUUGUUCAUUACCCAACGAUAUCAAUGCUACUUAUUUCGAAUGUAGAAAAAUUAAAUAA